CUCAAACCUCCGCGCAAAGCAGUGAAGGGCGGUCGACAACGCGUCGUGACCACCGCAGCAGCCCAUGGAGCGCUGAUACCGCACACAUCUCACCAGCGCGGUGAAGACGACGUCGCGACACACUAGUCCAAAUGGAGCGCGAACCUUACCAGCACCAGUUUGAGGGCGGACCGCGCGCGCGACCGAAGCGCGCCGUGACCGAUUAUGGGGCCACAACAGUGCAGUGGAUGCGCAAUCGCCGCCCGCGGUACAAGAACAUUGGCCUGCCUGAGAUGGAGCGUCCGAGCGCAAGCUACAUGGUCGACAUGGUGCCUCCCGCUGCCCGCCUGGCCAGCGCCGCAGAGUCGAUACCCGCAAAAGCCGUACACUCCUCCCUCAACAAGGUCAAACACCCUAUCAACGUAGUCAAAUGGACACCAGAAGGUCGCCGCUUGCUGACGGGGUCGACGAGCGGCGAGUUCACCCUCUGGAACGGCAUGGGCUUCAACUUCGAGACCAUCAUGCAGGCCCACGAAGCUGCCAUUCGCUGCGUCGAGUACACACAUACCGACGACUGGCUCCUGUCAGCAGACCAAACCGGAGUGGUCAAGUACUGGCAAACCAACUUCAACAACGUCAAAGAAGUCCAGGCGCAUACAGAAGCAGUCAGGGGCCUUGCCAUUGCACCAACAGACUCCAAAUUCGUUACGUGCGCCGACGACACAACACUGAAGAUUUGGGACUUUGCGUCCAGCCAGGAGGAGCAGACGCUGACGGGACAUGGCUGGGAAGUAAAGUCAGUAGACUGGCACCCACACAAGGGGCUGCUCGUAUCGGGCUCAAAGGACCAUCAGGUCAAGUUUUGGGACCCGAGAACUGGCCGCUGCCUCACAACACUACAUGGACAUAAGAACCCAAUAUCAAAAACCAUGUUCGAGCCCACCCAGGGGAAUCUGCUAGCCACAUGCGCUCGUGAUCACACAGCCCGCAUCUUUGACCUGCGCAUGAUGCGCGACGUUCUUCUUCUGCGCGGCCACGACAAGGACAUCAUCACCAUGGCCUGGCACCCCAUGCACAAGAACCUACUCUCCACCGGCGGCGUCGAUGGCAGCAUCCACCACUACCUGCUCGACGAGCAGAACGCACCCGCAGGCACACCACCCACCCUGUCCCCCUACGACUCCGCCGAUCCUCACAACGCGCCCGCACAAGCCAUAUAUCCGGCACACAGCAUCCAAUACGCCCACGACUUCACCGUCUGGACCCUCGACUGGCAUCCGCUUGGCCACAUCCUAGCCUCCGGCUCAAACGACCGCGUAACCCGCUUCUGGACACGCCCACGUCCCGGCGACACAAAGUACCCCGAGGAUAGGUACCACAUCGGUCAGGAAGCCGCGGAAAAGAACGGGACCUUCGAUCGCAGCCACGGGCGGCGCCAGCGCGCAGAGGAGGAAGAACAAGAAGCCGAAGACGAGGCAGAAGGUCUGGUUGACCAGAAGUUACCCUCCAAAUCCGCAGGCGUCGGUUCUCUACCAUUCCUACCUCCUGGCCUCAACCUGCCGGGCCUCGCGCCAGCGAACCCAGACGGAUCUUCCAGCGCGCUCCCCGGCAUCGGCGGCGUCCCACAUCCAGGUGGUCAAGGCAUGCCACCCCUCCCCCCUCCGCCAAGCGGCAUGAGCCCCUUCCCCUCUGGUCCUCCGCCACCAUUCCUCGGCGGCGUCCCACCAGGAAUGGACCCCUCUCGUCUCGCAGCACUCAUACAAUCCGGCGCUAUGCCCCCUCCCCCGCCUCUCCCGCACCACGGCGGUCCACCUUCGCAGCACAGUGGACCACCUAGCUUCCCUCCUCCACAACAGGGCAGCGUGCCUCCUCAGUUCCCGCCCGGACCGCCGCCGAACUUCCAGUUCCCGCCAGGCAUGCCGCCCGGGUUUCCGCCACCUGGCUUCCCUCAAGGUGCGCCACCCGGGUUUCCUCAAGGUGCGCCGCCUGGGCUCCCGCCGCCUGGAAUGCCGCCUGGCUUUCCACCACCGGGUUUUGCGCCGCCGGGGAUACAGAUGGCAGGCCAGAAUGGUGGGCCGGUAGGAGGGCAGCAGAAUGAAGGACAAGGAUGGGAGAGAAAACGAGCGCCGUUGCCGGAUCAGAAUGAUGCGCUGCAGGCUGAGAUGCGGCAGGGGCGGUAUCGGAAGGCUAGGUAGGACCUGGCUGGCGGUGGUGUAGACGAGAAGAUUCAGGAUGGGAAGGGGAGGCGCGGGAACAGAAAGAGGUGAAAGGGGCCGUUGGUGUAUGAGUAGGCUGUUUGAGAACGAUGAUGAUAUCACAGUUGAAUUCAGAAUUUAUUGCCGGAUUUGCACUUGUUUGAUCGCAUGUAGAAUUUGAUCGCAC